AUGUCUUUCUCACACAAGGAAAAGCCAGACACGCUCGUGUUGUUCGAUGUCGACGGCACUUUGACUCCCGCCAGACUUACCAUCUCUGACGAGAUGAGAGAUACUUUGAAGGCCUUGAGAAAGAAGGUGGUGAUUGGUUUCGUUGGUGGUAGUGACUUGUCCAAGCAGGUGGAGCAGUUGGGCAGCACUGUUUUGCAGGACUUUGACUACUGUUUCUCUGAGAACGGUUUGACUGCUUACAAGCUCGGCAAGGAGCUCGCCUCUCAGUCUUUCAUUAACUGGAUCGGCAAUGAGAAGUACAACAAGCUUGUCAAGUUCAUCUUGCGCCACUUGUCUGAAAUCGACAUCCCAGUCAGAAGAGGUACCUUCAUUGAGUUCAGAAACGGUAUGAUCAACGUGUCCCCUGUCGGCAGAAACGCCUCCACUGAGGAGAGAAACGAGUUUGAAAAAUUCGACAACGAGCACAAGAUCAGAGAGAAGCUCGUCAACGCCCUCAAAGAGAACUUCCCUGACUACGGCUUGACCUACUCCAUUGGUGGCCAGAUCUCUUUCGACGUGUUCCCCACCGGCUGGGACAAGACCUACGCCCUUCAGCACGUUGAGGCUGAGGGCUUCAAGGAAAUCCACUUCUUUGGUGACAAGGCCUACGAGGGUGGUAACGACUGGGAGAUCUACUCCGACCCAAGAACCAUUGGUCACGCCGUCAAGGAGCCUGCUGACACUAUUAAGAUCUUGAAGGAGACCUUCGGUUUGUAA